AACUAAAUUAUAAUUAAUUAAUAAAUAAUUUCAUGGCAUUUAAGUGUUAGUGUUUAAAAAAGACAAGGUUUAUCUGAAAAGUUUAAGGAAUGAGUGACUAAUUUUUACUAUGUAUCACCUGUUUUUUUCGCUUAUGUAACUCUCUCAUUCGUAAAUAAAAGAAGUCAAGUAAAGAGUAGAGACUUCUGACAAUUAUGAGAGAACGUCAAAAUUAAACGUUCUCUGUAAUCAGCAGCAGCAUCAGCAUAAGCAUCUUUUUGCAAAUUGUUGUGGUAUCCCUUUUUGGGAACUUAUGUGAAUUAAAUCACAAAUGCAGUUGGAAACUUUUAUAUUUAUGGAAAAUAAGUGAAUAAUUAUGAAAAUGAAUUGAGAAUAUCUAUCUGCUAAUGACGACAGGUUUGUGGGAGUGGCUUUCUGAGAACAGAUCACAGCUGGCGGAAUAAUUGCGCGUUUACCUUUUAAAGAAGCGAAAUGGGACAGACAAAGAGCCAAUUCACUGAUGAGGAGCUACAAGAUUACGAAGACUUGACAUUUUUUUCGAAAAAAGAGAUACUUCUUGCUCAUAAAAAAUUUAAAAGCCUUGCACCCGAAAAAGUUGGACACAACAAGAAUGCCAAAUUGUCUAUGAGCAAAAUAUUACAAUAUCCAGAGUUACGCGUAAACCCUUUCGGUGAUCGAAUAUGUAAAGUGUUUAGCUCAAGUGAAGAUGGUGAUAUGACGUUUGAAGAUUUUUUAGACAUGAUGAACGUAUUUAGUGAUGCUUGCCCAAAAAAAUUAAAAGCGGAAUAUGCUUUUCGCAUUUGGGAUUUUGAUGGUGAUGAUAUGCUAGGUGUUUCGGACUUAAAACAAGUUAUUGAACGAUUAUGCGGUCCAGAAAAUAAAUUAGAUGACUGCGAUAUGAAAGAGAUUAUACACUGCAUUUUAGCAGAAGCAGAUUUCGAUGAUGAUGGAGCAUUGUCAUUUCCGGAAUUCGAGCAUGUCACUGAUAAGUCUAGAGACUUUCUUAAUUCUUUUCGCAUAAGACUUUAAUAGCACAACAAGGCAGCUGGCAUAUAAAAAUAACAUAUAUACAUUUGUAUCUUAUAAAAUACCCAAAGUUACACAUUUAUAUUUAGUAUGUUCCUUGUUGUUAUAUUUUAUGUAUCUAUUUGGAAUCUCAAAUGAUUUAGAUUAUUUACCUAAACCAUUACGAACUAUACUUAUUUCUAUGUCAGUAACAUUUACGCGAAUAUGUGAAUGUUAUUACAACCAUGUGAUUAUAUAGAUAUAUGUUGCCCAUAAUUCACGUAUUAAUUAUUUGGUGAUUAAAUUAUACAAAUAACUUGAAUUUGAAGUUACAAAGUAUAUAUAUGUUAUUGUAAACUGCAAUGAAUUAAUCGAAUAUAUGUCAUGAACAGUGAAACAAGAUUACGAUAAUUAAGUACUAUUAUUGCCACAAGGUAAUAAUUUUUCCUCGGAAGUAUUGUCAGUUACUGUCAAAAAAUAUCUCCAUUCUAUGUAAACCAUGAGUUCAUGUAGAUUUAUAAUAUAAUUAUACUGUUUUCAAUACCAUCUAAUUGUGUUGCAAAAAUUCGGCAAAACUAUACAUUAAUAAAAAAAUUAAAAGAUGCUUGGAUUUAUGUACUUCCAAUCUGCAUUUAUGGUAUUGCAUUGCAAUCCAACUAUAUAUGUGUAAGUGAAAUUUGAUAAAUAAAAUUUUCAAUUUAACUUA